AUGAGUGGCUUAUGCCCCCAGAGAGUCGAUAACAACUUCAAAUGGCAAAAUGAGCAGCAGUGUAAGAUCCACGACUCUACCCUUGGACUUGGAACCACAAGAUUGAUUGAACCCAAAUAUGUGGAGCUUUUAUCAGCUUUGGCAGCCGGAAACCGGGCCAAACUAAUGGUGGAAAUCACCUCAAAUGACAUAUCUCCAUUAACACUAGCACUAGCUGUUGCUGCCAAACAAACGGGUGGGCGACUUGUUUGUAUUAUUCAUGAGGAUCAUGAUGAUAUCGAGAAAAGCAAGGCUCGGCUUGCAGAGAAUGAUCUUGAAGAUACGAUCGACUUUGUGCAUGGGAAUCCUUGUGAAGUGAUAAGCAGAUACAAGAACAUUGAUUUUGCAGUUAUCGACUGCAAACUUGAAGAUCACAUCAAGUUAUUCAAGACUAUAAACCUUAAUCCAAGUGGGUCGAUAGUGGCAGUAAGCAAUCUACAACAUAGAAGAGAUGGAAUAUCAUUUGCUGAAGUUGUGAAGGGGAGGAAUAUCGGUGUAAAAUCUGUUACUCUUCCUAUAGGAGAAGGAAUGGAGUUGACAAGAAUCCGGUCAACCGGUAAACCCGAAACUUGGAGAUCAUACAAAAAAUUUCAUGUAAUAUUUGAGAAUUGA